CGGCUUUAUGAAUCAAAAAAGGCUUUUAAAAAUAAUUAUUAAAUGUCAAAAGUGAGUAUUCUAGGUUAAGCUGUAACGAAAAUGUAAAAUCUCCAAUAAAAUCAGCAUUAAGUUUAAUUUGUAUGAAGUUGAGGGUGACAAUGUGUUCAUUUUACUUCAAUUCGAAAUACCAUUUCAAAAUGCAUGAGAGUAUUCCUGCGAAACAUUAACAAGUAAUUACUCGCUUUUUCGACAACCAACGUAGACUUAUAAAGAGCAAAUCAUUACAAAAUAUUUGUUAAUUUAUGGGUUUCUUAAGACAUGUUCUACACGUACCCAUAUGGUACGUAUUUGUUGAUAUUUUAAUUUAUAUUAAAGAUAGGAAAUUUUUUAUUCCUUAUUUGUAAAUGGACAAUUUUGUUAUUGUAAAAAAUGACUUAUUGUCAAUCUUUUUAAAACUAAUUGUAAAAUUAAAGUGAAAAAAAACUACUGUACGGUCAACUUUGCUCCUCGGUUAUACAACCAACAAUGACGUGUAUGUAUAUAAAUAUAGAUGCAGUUUUAGUAUUUGUUUAAUAGAAAAAUUUCGUCGAUAGGAUUGGGUUUGCGUCUAUAAUCAAAAUAAAAAAUGGAAGCAAAGUGGAAAGGAUUUUUAGCAACGUAACUUUCAAGAUUUUAUUAGUGGUGGAUAGUGUCUACUGGUAAGCUGCUAACCGAUAAAAAUGAGUUCUAAAAUGCCCUCCAUCAGAACGAUACCUCAAACGAAAACAAAAACAGGAACCGUGAUUUUCCUUCAUGGAUCUGGUGAUUCUGGUAAAGGAAUUAUGGAGUGGAUUCAAUCGUUGGUUCAAAAUUUUUCACUGCCGCAUAUAAAUUUCAUAUUUCCAACGGCGCCUCCAAAAAAAUAUACACCACUCAAUGGACAGAUUAGUAAUGUCUGGUUUGAUCGUUUCGAUAUAAGACCUGAUGUUCCAGAACAUCUAGAAACACUCGACUCAACUGCUGAAGAAAUUAAAAGUUUAAUUAUGAAAGAGGUUUCCCAUGGCACAUCGUUAAAUCGCAUUGUUGUAGGUGGUUUCUCUAUGGGCGGCGCGUUAGCCUUACAUUUAGCAUACAGAUAUCUUCCAGACGUUGCAGGUGUAUUUGCACUAUCUUCGUUUCUAAAUAACGGAUCGGUGGUGUACAAUACAUUAAAAUCAAACCCUCCCAAACGAUUACCGCCCCUUUUAAUGUUCCACGGACUAGAAGAUGAACUCGUUUCGGUAAAAUGGGGUGAAGAAACGUUCAGAAAUUUAAAAAAGUUGGGUGUUAAUGGGCAGUUUGUUCCAUUAAAUGGUACCACACACGAGCUGUCCAAAGUCGAAUUGGAAGAAUUGUUAAAAUGGAUUAUGGACAUUGUACCUGAAGAAUAAACCACUACGUUGAAUAUAUAUUUUAUGCAUUUAUAUAUAAUGUAAUGUGUAAAUAUUGUAGAAAUGAUUAUCUUGUAUUAGACGCAGCAAUAUAUUGUUCAGUUGCUU